GGGCAUUACGGGGCCAGUGUAGGUGAUACACCCUGGGAGACAGAGUCAGCAAAGGUGUCGGGAAAUGAAAACAGCCUCAUGCAGUGAAGUGAGACCCCUGUGACGCUGGAGGCGAGUGCCCCAAGCUCUAACCCCAUCUGAGGAUGAGUUUGAAGAGAACUGAGAUUUUUUUCCUUACUAGUUGGAGAAGAGCUUCCAUUUUACAGACACAAACUUUUUUCGAACUAUGAAAUAUAUUUUAUUCUUGAAAAUACAUUUUUAAAAUUGAAGCAUAGUUGACAUACAGUAUUUUAUUGGUUUCAAGCGUACAACACAGUGAUUAGAUAGUUAUCUACAUUAUUAAGUGCUACAUACACAUAAAUUGAAACAAACAUUUUGUAAUACUCUAGAAAAUUAUAAAAUACACUGACAAAAGGACAAAAUCCUUAAUCCCCCAAUGAGUCUCUUCUGGUGGAUAAUAUAGCACACCCCGUGUCCCGAGAGCUGGUUUCCGCUGUAUACAUGUGUACAUACAUGUAGCAAAAACCCCUGGCUCCUACAGUCCACACCACAACGCCUGUACGACAUACGUUUUCUUUCAGCCAAGACCUUACCCUUCUCCCCAAGGCCUUGUGAGUAAGGAGGUGUUUACCAUUUCAGCGACCAGUGGCAUUCCAAGAUGUGGCCGUCGGCUUCUCCCAAGAAGAGUGGCGAUUCCUGAAUCCUGCUCAGAGAGAACUGUACACAGCUGUGAUGUCAGGGAAUUACUAGAACCUGGUCAGGCUGGGUGGUGGAACGCAGUGCGGUUCCCAGCCGGGAUUCUUACCGUCGCAAAACUGAGCUCGGAAAGAAAACCACGCUCCCACGGACCGCCCCAGAGGAGCGCGGUCCGAGCGGCACCACCGCCACACGGACCCGGCAGCGUCUUCUCACAAAGCCGCGCACAGGGGCCGCGGCGCGGCGCUCUUCUCUGCACAUCCCGCCUGGUAACCAGGGACGCUUCUGGGCUCCAGGCAACGGAAGGGGUGGGGGGGCGGGGCGUGCUUCAUUCUAUGCGCCUGCGCACACUCGCCCCGCCCCGCCGAGCCCCUGAAGCCCCGGGCCACGCCCUUCGAGCAAAAGCACGUUCAAACGUAGGCGCGCGACUCGGACAGUACAAUGCUUCCGGCGUCAACCACCGAGGACACGCCCCGCCCUGUCCCCGCCCCUCGCGUCGGGUUCCGCCAACCCCGCCCAUCCUGGAGAUGCGGCGCCUGCGCACUCGGAAUCCGGGAGUCGGCUCCCGAAGGCUUUCGCGUGAGCGCAGUGGCUUCCGGGCGGAGGCCGGUUGGGUUGCUCCGCGUGGCCCGGAACCGAAGCCCGAGGGUUCCUGGCUUGUGAGCGGCCCCAGCCCGGGCGCUGCCGCGCCGUCGUCUCCGAGCCGACUACAUUUCCCAGAAGCCGGCGCGGCGCGCCUCCGGCGGGCGGCAGGGCGGAGGUCCGAGGCUGCCGCUCGGGCGGUGCCAGACUCAGGGCGGGACCAGGAGUCCGAGCCACACCCUCCCGGGACACUGCCAUUCUGCGAGGGCGCAGCCAGGAGAGAAUGUGAAAAUGACUGUGCUACUGGACUUUGCGUCUCUAAGCCGUAUGUCAUCUCUUUAUUGGAACAAGGGAAAGAACCCUGGGAGAUGAAGGAUAAGAUGACAAGAAACGCGCACCCAGAUUGGGAAUCUAGAUUUGAGACACAAGGAUUAUCUCUGGAGCAGUUUUUGUAUGAUGAUGUGUUAAUGAAGAGAAUUACAAGUUAUGGACUUGAGUGUUCUACUUUCAGAGAAAACUGGAAAUGUGAAGAUCUUUUUGAGAGGCAGCUGGUAAGUCAACAGACAUUUAUCAAGCAAGAAAUAGUCAUUCCUAAAGAAACCCUAACUGAGGAAGUAGACCACAAGCAUAACAAAGCUGGGAAAUUUAUCCAUCUAGACAAUGUCCAAGAAAAUACUUAUAACCAUAAGUCAGAUAAGAAAAGCUUUUCCAAAAAUUCCAUGGUAAUAAAACACAAGAAAGUCUACACAGUAAAGAAACUUUUUAAAUGUAAUGAGUGUGAGAAAACUUUCACCCAGAGCUCAUCCCUUACUGUUCACCAGAGAAUUCAUACUGGAGAAAAACCGUAUGAAUGUAAAGAAUGUGGGAAGGCCUUCAACCAGAGUCAACACCUUAAUCAACAUCACAGAAUACAUACUGGAGAGAAGCUCUUUGAAUGUAAAGAAUGCAGGAAAGCAUUCAGCCAAAAUGUACACCUUAUACAACAUCGAAGAAUUCAUACUGGAGAAAAACCCUAUAAAUGUAAGGAAUGUAGAAAAGCCUUCAGCCAGCCUGCACACCUUGCUCAGCAUCAGAGAAUUCAUACUGGGGAGAAGCCCUAUGAAUGUAAGGAAUGUGGAAAAGCCUUCAGUGAUGGCUCAUCCUUUGCCCGACAUCAGAGAUGUCACACUGGCAAAAGACCCUAUGAAUGUAUUGAAUGUGGGAAAGCCUUCAAGGAGAACACAUCCCUUAUUCGUCACUGGAGGUAUUAUCACACUGGAGAGAAACCUUUUGAUUGCAUUGAUUGUGGGAAAGCCUUCAGUGAUCACAUAGGACUCAUUCAGCAUAGGAGAAUUCAUACUGGAGAGAAACCCUACAAAUGCAAUGUGUGUGGAAAAACUUACAGCUAUGGUUCUUCCCUUUCUGUCCAUCAGAGAAUUCACACAGGAGAGAAACCGUAUGAAUGUGUUGUUUGUAGAAAAGCUUUUAGCCAUCAUGCUUCACUCACCCAACAUCAAAGAGUGCAUUCUGGAGAGAAGCCUUAUGAGUGCAAGGAAUGUGGGAAAGCCUUUCGACAGAGUAUACACCUCGCUAGUCAUUUGAGAAUUCAUAGUGGUGAAAAACCCUAUGAAUGUAAGGAAUGUGGAAAAGCUUUUAGCAUCAGUUCCCAGCUGGCUACUCAUCAGAGAAUUCAUACUGGAGAGAAGCCCUAUGAAUGUAAGGAAUGUGGUAAAACUUUCAGCCAGAGGACACACCUUGUCCAACAUCACAAAAUUCAUAUUGGAGAGAAACCUUACGAGUGUAAUGAAUGUGGGAAAGCCUUUCGACAGAGUAUACACCUCGCUAGUCAUUUGAGAAUUCAUAGUGGUGAAAAACCCUAUGAAUGUAAGGAAUGUAGAAAAGCUUUUAGCAUCAGUGCCCAGCUGGCUACUCAUCAGAGAAUUCAUACUGGAGAGAAGCCCUAUGAAUGUAAUGAAUGUGGUAAAGCCUUCAGCCAGACUACCCACCUUAUUCAACAUCAGAGAGUUCAUACUGGGGAGAAACCCUAUAAAUGUACUGACUGUGGAAAGGCUUUCAGUGAUAGCUCAUCCCGAGCUCGGCAUCGGAGGCUUCACACUGGUCAAAGGCCCUAUGAAUGUAUGGAGUGUGAGAAGGCAUUCAGAACAAAGUCCUCACUUAUUUGUCAUCAAAGAUGUCAUACUGGAGAGAAGCCUUUUGCAUGUAGCGCAUGUGGCAAAGCCUUCAGCCAUCGUCAGUCCCUUACUGUUCACCAGAGAAUUCAUUCUGGAGAAAAACCAUAUGAAUGUAAGGAAUGUAGGAAAACCUUCAGUCAGGUUGGACAUCUUAAUCUACAUAGAAGAAUUCAUACUGGAGAGAGAUCUUACAAAUGUAAGGAACGUGGGAAAGUCUUCAGAUAAAAUACACACUUUGCUCAUCAUCAGAAGAUUCAUGGUAUAGAAUCUCAGGCAGCCGCUCCUCCUCAAGCACCCCUUGCUCACCAAGCCCUGUGGAGAUACCUGUUAAAUACUUUUGGAAUUCGUCCACUUCUUUCAGUCUUCAAUUGUUCUGGUCCAAAACAAAAUCAUUUCACCUGGACUAUUCCAAUCACCUAAAAACUACUGGUCUCGCAUUCACUUUUGUCCCCUUUCAAGUUCAUUCUUCACACUACGGCCACGGUGGUCUUUUCCAAAUGUACAUGUAAUUAAAUUACUCUCUGAAAAUGCUUGUUAUGAAAUUUUAAACUCCGUGAUGCAUAUAAAGUGCUUGGCAUAGUGCUUGACUCAUACUAAGUGGUAAAUGUUAGGUCAGUAUCUUUCCAAAUGUGCUUAAAAAUUACUUUCAAACAGUGAAGUCUCGAAAGCAGUAUAUCAGUACUAGAUCAUAACAGUUUUGGAACUGCAGCUAUCUUAGGGCAGUGCAGUAUACUUAAAGCUUGAUAUCAUAGUAGUAUAGAGUGGCUUCCUCAUGAGACCGUUUUCCUUUACUGGUGAGGAAAUUCACUGUGACUUUAUACAUAGAAUGUUUUAGGAAGUACCUAGAAUGAGACUGGAAAAAUAGUAGUAGAAUUUACCAGGAAGAAUGUAAAAAUACAGUCAAGACAAAAAUUUUAAAUUCCUAAUAGUCAAAGUUGAAGAAACAGAACUUGAGUAGUCUAGCCCUACUUUAAGGGCUCAAAGAAUGCUUCCGAACUCUCAAGGAACCACUAA